CUGUUGGUGUGCGUGAGUGCCGCGCUUCGUCGGACAGACUGCGGCCACUCACUUAUCUCGACUGCAAAUCAACACCAGACGGGCGUGCAGUUGUGUUAGUGCCUGAGUGUUGUUUGCGGGCUAUUUUUUUUACGACUGUCCGCCUGCCGUCGUUCGUUCCGUGCUGUGCUGUGUAGCGAUUGACUCAGCAACGGGGCUCACAGUACAGAAAGCUGCUCCUCCGAUGUAGACUGUAGUAUUAUCAACCAGCAGCAAGCAGCAACAGCAUGAAGAAUACCGAGAGUGGUGCAAAUCGUUUAAAAUCCGAUGUUUUUUCUCCGUUUGUUGCAGAACUCUAUUUCCUGAUUUCCAAGUUUUUGGCCAAUGGACCGCUGCGGGAAACUGCCAAGGUUUUGGCCCAGGAAUUGGAGCAUUUAAAUAUCUUACCUCGCCGUUUGGACUGGACCGGCCAGGAGCAUCGCCAGACGCUCGAUGAGUUGGAACGCAAAUAUCCGCACAUUGGACCACAACAUCUGGUGGAACUAUGUGCCCGCAUUGGGCCGCUCCUGGACAGGGAACUGGCUCCGGCCGUUCCUGGCGUGCUAUCAUUGCUCGGAGCGGGUCGUCAGAGCGCCCUGCGGACCAAGGAGAGCAUUACUCGGCCGCGUCAACUGAUCGAUUACUGCACCAGGGUCCAUCAUAUGCCCCUGGCGGAUGCGGUCCAUCGGAACAACACCCACAACAUCGUCAAAGUGUUGUAUGGGCGGGAGAGUGCUGGUCCUCUGAUACGCCAACAGGCGGUUCCUACCUCAUUCUACUCCAAGCAGACCCUGCAACGACGAACGCUGGGUCAUCUGUCGGCCGUGUACUGUGUCCUGUUCGAUCGAAGCGGGAAGUACAUCAUAACCGGAGCCGACGAUUUGCUGGUCAAACUGUGGAGUGCAAUCGAUGGACGGUUGUUGGCCACGUUCCGGGGAGCUUCCGCCGAGAUUACCGACAUUGCCAUCAAUCUGGAUAAUACGAUGUUGGCCGCGGGUUCGCUGGACCGGAUUCUGCGCGUCUGGGACAUGCAGUAUGGGGGACCGAUCGCCGUGCUGUCCGGACACACUGGAAUGAUUACGUCGGUCAAUUUCUGCCCGUCGCCAAAAGCGGAUUUGCGCUAUCUGGUAACGACCAGCACGGAUGGUUCGGUUGCCUUCUGGGAGUAUACCACCCGAGGAGGGAAGCCAAACUUCAACUCUAAACCAGUCAUGUAUCACGAGAAACUGAGACCGGGCCAGGCGCAGAUGAUCUGUGCCUCGUUUUCACCCGGAGGAAUCUUCCUGGCUGCCGGUUCGGCCGAUCACCACGUUCGGGUUUACUUGAUGUCGGAAGAUGGGCCGAAGAGGAUUCUGGAAACCGAGUCCCACUCGGAUACAGUGGAUUCCAUCCAGUGGGCGCACACCGGGCUGCGGUUCAUCUCCGGAAGUAAGGACGGAACGGCACUGCUGUGGCACUUCGAGACGCAGCAGUGGAAAUCAACGCGGUUGAGUAUGACCGAACGGCUGCCUAGCUGUCCGCCGCAAACACCGGAAGAAAUGGCUACGAAGCCUAAGGUAACGAUGGUCUCGUGGGACAAGACGGAUGAUUGGGUCAUCACGGCAGUGAAUGAUUUUACUAUCAAAAUCUGGAACGCUCACACGGCAAAGCUGCACAAGGUGCUUCGUGGGCACACCAACGAGAUAUACGUCCUGGAAUCACACCAGAAAGAUUCAGGAGUGUUGCUGUCGGCCGGCCACGACGGUCAACUGUUCAUUUGGGACAUAGUGAAGGGAGUUUCGCUGGCCAACUUUCUGAACCACAUCGAAGGUCAAGGCGACGGAGGAAUCUUCGACGCAAAAUGGUCGCCGGAUGGGAAUAUGAUUGCCGCGACGGAUUCCCAUGGCCACAUUCUGAUGUUCGGCUAUGGAUCCGGGCAUGAGAGAUUGACUCUGUUACCGAAGGAGUUGUUCUUCCACACGGAUUAUCGUCCGCUGAUCAGAGAUUCGUCACACCACGUGAUGGACGAACAAACACAAACGAUGCCACACUUGAUGCCGCCGCCGUUCCUGGUGGACAUCGAUGGCAAUCCGUAUCCUCCGGGCAUGCAGCGAUUGGUUCCUGGACGGGAAAACUGUCCCACUGAUCAGCUGAUUCCUAACAUUGGCAUCGGUCCCGGGGAAGGAGUGGCGCCACAGGCGGAAAACUCUUAUUCAAACAUUGAUCGGAUGAUUGAGGCUUUGGCAAAUCGGGUAGAGGGAGCGGAUCAAGCACCGGAUUCGAACAAUGACCCUGCUCGGAACAGAAACGACGAAAAUCAGCAGAACGAGGCAAAUCGCCUCAAUGGACGUCCUCAGCAAGGAGUUCGUUUCAGCGGAAAUUGGCACCAUCGAGAGGGAGCUUUCAAAUUUCAUCGCCGUCAGUACGUACGUCCCAUGGAACAUUCCAAUCUGCAGAAUCUGAAGCAACGCAUCUACGCCGCCGGGUUGCAAGAACACGAAAAGUAUAAACGGGAAAUGCGACGCCGGCCGCUCAUGAUCAACACAUCGAACAACAGCAGCUCGAACAGCAGUCAAGCAAACAGACGUUCUGGUGGUAAUCGAAACAAUGCGAACCGUCCGGCUCGGCGGUCCCAACCAAACGGGGAAGCCAAUGGGAGACAGCCUGCCUACCGCACGCGAGCAGUGCGGGACAAUGAACCCGAACCGGAAGCAGCCCCGGAACAGCAAGAAUCCUCCUCGAGCGAAAGCAGCAACAGCGAUGAUUCCACGGCUAUCGAAGAAGAACUGGAUCUCUCGGGAUCUACCAGCUCUGAUACCGAUAGCUCGGACUACUCCGAUUGGGUAUCUCACGAACCGGGACGUAACCUGGAACCCCCUAAGCGAUCAAAGCGAAAACACGUCCAAAGAAGAGCUUAUUCACCGCCGGAGAUCGAUCAACCAGGACCGAGCACCGGUCGCCGUCCGAAAAUCCGAAAGAUCCCUAUCACCCGAGACGGAGAAAUCCCGGAACCCUAUCGCCCCCCAGAAUGGCUCUCCGAAGUUAUUCCAAGGAAAGCCCCCUACUACCCUCAAAUGGGCGACGAAGUGGUUUACUUCCGCCAGGGGCACGCCCGCUACCUGGACGCCGUCCGGACCAAAAACGUCUACAACCUAGGCAACAAGUGUGAGCCGUGGAGCUCGACGGAUAUUCGCGAUCACGAGUUCUGCAAAGUGGUCGGCAUCAAGUACGAAAUCCGUCCUCCCCGGCUGUGCUGUCUGAAGCUGGCCAUCCUGAACGAGGACAAGGUCCCCUCGGGCCGUUCGUUUGUCAUCAAGUACCACGACAUGCCGGACGUGUUGGAUUUCCUGGUGCUGAAGCAAACGUUUGAUACGUCCGUUCGGCGCAACUGGGGCCCCGGCGAUCGGUUCCGCUGUAUGAUUGAGGACGUGUGGUGGCUGGGACAGAUCGAAUCUCUGAAUCAGCUGUCGCCGGAAUUUCCGGAUUCGCUGUUCAUGUGUUUCCGCGUCCGGUGGGAUAAUGGCGAGUACGAGUUUAUGAGUCCGUGGGAUUUGGAACCGGUGGACGAGAGUCGGCUGCCGGUUGAGGUUGGAGGAGCCGUUCCGGUGUUGCCGGAAGAGUUGAGGGCUACGCUGUAUCAGCCGAAAGCGGAAGAAUGGCCACGGGGUGAUAGGGAUGCUUCGUGUCGCCGGAUCAUCGGUGGGUUGGAACAGGUGAUGGGAUUGGCUAUUGCGGAUCUGUUUUUGGCACCGGUAGACCUGAAUAUUUAUCCGGAGUAUGCAUUCGUGGUGGAGUAUCCGAUCGAUUUGAACACCAUCAAGGCACGGUUUGAGAAUCAUUUCUACCGGCGCAUCACGUCGGCCCAGUUCGAUGUGCGCUAUCUGGCCACCAAUGCGGAGAAGUUCAACGAGUCGCACAGCAACAUCGUGAAACAUGCUCGGAUCGUUACGGAUUUGUGUUUGAGGAUAUUAGGAGAAAUUAACGACGUGGAUGUUCCUGCGGUGUACCAUCAGUUGGUGGAUACGUACAUUUCGUCGGAUUCGGAUAGUGAUGAAAACCGACCGGGACCUUCGUCUGGAAGCAGUAAUAACAACAAUAGCUCCAGCAAUCGGCGACCACCUGCUGGUUCCAGAAGGUCCCGCAGGUUGGUUCCGGAAGGUGACUGGCGCGUUGAUUGUCGUGAGCUGUUGGAAAUGAUUUGGCAGUGUGAUGACUCGGAACCGUUCCGGGAACCGGUGGAUACCAUUCAGCAUCCAGAUUACCUGCAAAUUGUCGAUACUCCUAUGGAUUUGAGGACAAUCAAGGAGGACUUGCUGGGCGGUAAUUAUGAAACGCCGGCAGACUUUUGCAAAGAUAUGAAACUGAUAUUCCAGAACUCACGCAACUACAAUACAAACAAGCGAUCAAGGAUCUACUCAAUGACCCUGCGGCUGAGUACGCUAUUCGAGGCCCACAUCAAGCCGAUCAUCUACAACUGGAAAUCGGCACGAAGGCGAGGCAAGGCAAAUGCGGCCAAGAGAGCCGGUGGCGCCGGCGGAAGUGGACCCAGUGGAAGCGGAGCGCCAAAGAAUCGUCGAGACGACCGAAGCAGUCGCAGUGGCGGGGCAGGUCCCUCCAGUCGACGAUCGAAUCAAAGUCAAAAUACCAGCUCUGCCAGGUCACAUCAUUCGGAUGAUGACGACGACGACGAGGAUGAUGAUGAGCAUAGUCCACCGAAGCGACCUACUCGGAAUGGCGCAGUUACUGCUCGGCGGGUGCCCCCGACGAACGGGGUAUCGUCUAGUAGCAAUGCGAUCGGCUCGGAUCCACAACCGGGACCGAGUCGCAGUCGGCCAGCUGCUAGCUCAAGUCGCGUUACGCGGCAAUCUCAGGAAGCAGAUGAUGAGGAAGCAACGGUUAGCAGUAGUGAGAGUGAGAGUUCCAGUGAUAGCGACAGUAGCGACGACAGUACGGGAGUCCCGGUGUCACACAAACGGGGUUACGAUUCCGGUGAAAUGUACGAUCCGUAUAAGAAGAAGCGAAAGAAGAAGGCUAAACCGAAGAAGGCAAAGAAGAACCCGCCAAAGAGCAGUGCAGUGAGCUCGUCAACACCCAGGAAGAAACCACCCAGUGCUGGAGGAUCCAGGGGAGAACACUUCAUGGCGGCACGGCAAGCUCAAUUGCAAAGGCCGAGGAAUGGUAAUGUUGCCAGCGCAGUAGUACCAGGCCCAUCAAGGUCGAACUAUCGAGCGGCUCAGGAAGAACAACGAACUGAGCGGCCGCGAGAGAAAGAACACGAGAAACCAAAGAGCAGCAGUAGCGCAGGUGCCGGAAGUAGUCGGACGCUGAGAAGUGCCCGCAACAAUACCGGAAGUGACAGUGACGGGGACGAUGCUGGAGAAGGUCCAAGUAGCGGACGAAGACCCCAGAAGCGACCGCUAAGGCCCGAAUCGGAUCACAGCUAUCACAUGGCUCGUCCGAAGAAUGCCCGGAUUUUAUCCGAUUCCGACAACGAAGAAGAAUCGCCUCGAUCCACACGGGGGAGCACCCGAAGAGCCCAAGCGGAAUGGGGCCGAAGUGAAGAUAGCCUUGAGCCUCCGGAUGAAGACGACCAUCCCACAUCAAAUUCCCAGCAAUCUAGUCGAAGGAUGCGACCUCGGAACCGGAUAUCGGAUCAAGAGCACAGCCACGAAGAGACCAGCAAUAUAAGCAAACGAGGCUCAUCCCAAAGAUCCGCUCCGGCAGCCACCACCUCCAACCGACCUCGAAAUUGGGUCGCAAGCGAAAGCGACAACGACCACCACGCCCACCUGCAAUCUCCCGAACAACCCAGUACAAGCUCCUCAGUUCCAGGUCGAGCUCGGAUGAUCCGGACCACCACCUCCAACGGACCUUCCAAGUCGCCUCGGAAACAGGAAACUCGACCCAACAAUAACACUCGGCGCCUACGAAACGUUUCUCGGAGUGAACCUUCCGUGACGCCACCUCCGCACACCGUUGACCACAACUACGGAGAACCGUCAUCCCGUCGAACAAGGAACCGGCAGCAGCUCUCGCGCCAUCAAAGAAAUGCCGACGAACUGGAUCACACGCCGGAUGAUGAUCCAAGUGACGACGACGACUACAGCGAUGAUGACGCACCGCUGAGACCGCGCGCCUGUACCCAGAUCAGUUCCCGGUUACGCAGCAAAACUAAUUCGCCGGAAAAGCGGAAAAAGCCUUCGGCUACCUCCGACGAUGAUGACGGCGGGCAACCGGCGGCCGAGGACUCCGAUGAAGAGUUUGUCAACGAUCCGGAAGAAGCCGAUUCCGAAGAGGAAGAGGAAGCCACCGCCGACAGUACGGAUGAAGACGAUUCGGACAAUGUUCCGUUGGCGGCGUCCAAGCCCAAAAGUAGUCGAUCUCAGACGGCGUCCAGUUCUAGGAACAACGCGAGCGGUGGUGGUGGCAGUAGCAGAAGUAGACCUCCUCCGGCUGUGAGGCCCGAUAGGGGAGGAAGUGGCUAUAUCAGCAGUCGGACGCGACAAAAGGACCGGUUUUCAUCCGAGGAUGAUAUGGGGGGCCCCGGGCCAUCCACGCUGCGCAACACACGUAACCUGAAGCGACCGCAUUACAACGAGGACAGCGACGAGGACGACCCGACGAAUCUCCAACGGCCGCUCAAGCGUCCCAUGUUCGGCAUCGCAAGAAUAACCACACAUCCGGCGGCGCCGCCAACCAAUGGCACCGAUAGAACCGCCGGCGGUGGUGGUGCAAGCCAAGAGGACAGCGACGCCAACAGCGAUGAACACGACGAAGCCAUGACCAGCGUCAGCAGUCGUGGCCGGGUGCGGCGAAUCAAUCCGAAGGCGCGAAAAAUUUUCCGAGAAUAACCGGCGACACGCGGCGUUCGGUUGUCCUAGUUUGUACAGCUCCCCCAACCCUCCCCUUCACCGUAAACCUUGUGUAAAUUUGUCUCUUGUUUCGUAGUUCGAUAAGUUUCAAUCUUUGUUAGAUUUUAGUCUAGUAUGAUGAGAUGUUAAUAGAAAAGUAUCUAUAUAUAAGGGAAGUUACACCUUCGAAACCACUAGAAGAACACAGGAGCGCAGAUUCUGAGUGCGUCUAUCGAAACUGCCACAAAUUAUCCGAGAGAGACAACCAGAUUUAUGAUUUAUGUAUAAUCCCCGCCCACAGCAACGAAUGAGAGCGUAUUUCUAUUGUUACUUGUUUUUCUUUCGAUGCAUCAACUCUUCAGAGGCGAUAGAUAUCUAGGGACAAACCACACACAUUUAGACCCUGAGUGCACCGAUACCGUCGUUUGAAUAUACAUUAAUUUGUUUGAAGUUACAUAAGACUGAUAUCGAAUUCACUGAACUAUCUUUAUAGAACAAAUCCCCAACAAACAAUGGGAAGACCCCCGCCCGAAUUCGUUUCCUUUUUUCCGUUUGGUUUGCUGUUCCCGAAGCAAAGCGAUCGAUCGCCAAUCAGAUAGUAUUUACCUACCAAAAAGUUCCCCAUCAGUUGGUGACGAUGCUACCCGGUUUAUAUUUGUAAAAUUGUGCGUGUAGAGUAGAGCAGUAGCAACUAGCAAGGAAUCGUCGAGAUUUUCCUCCCUCAGUUAGAAGAAGGCAGAAGUCAGAGUUACGUUUACAACAAAGAGCAGAAAAAAACAGUCGCAGAUGUUGCAAAAUUGUAGUCGAUAAGGAUAAAAACUUAAGCGCGCCCCCCGCCUAGUGAUUAAUACUGUCAGUGAGUCAGAAGAUGAGAAUGGAAAGGAAAAACCUAUGUAGAAAUCGCAAACGAAAGGUAAGUUUACGAAUUUCUUGCAUAAAUUCAGCUAUAAAUGA